AUGGACAGAAAGCGAGGGACUACUGGUCAGUCACCUUCUCCAUUCUUGGCAAGGUUUCACGCAGACAUCUUCAUGGCCUCCAUGGCCCUCGCCGGCCAAGCUGUCCUUUGGAGGACGAUGAACUCCAUAUCCUUCUACGAUCCAUGGCCUCCCAUCUUCAACUCCGUCGUAGAGAGGUACUCCUGGCUGCUGGCCGCUCUCGCUCUCUCCUCCUCCUUCCUCUUAUACAUCCUCAAAUAUAUAUUCUACUCCAACAUUGUCAAGGUCGAUUUCCUCCACCCCUUCUGGGUGAACUACCUCUUUACGCCAUGGAUUUCCGCCAUCUUGCUCCUUCGGUGCAUCCUAAUCCCUGCCUCCAUACAAGACCGAUAUUGGAGGCUGGGCAUUAGAUUAGAGGGAACCAAUUUCUUCAACUGGGUCCAUUUGGGCAGAGUCAUCUCGAUGGCCCUUUGGGGCUCCUUCACCUUGCCUGUGCUUCUGCUGCAGUUCAACAUCUAUGGCCAGUCGUUCACCAAGGACAAGCAAAUCUUGGCGGCCAUAGCGACCCCUUCCACCCACCUCUCCAUGAUCGGCCACUUCGCUGCAGCUCAGACCGCCGCCGACCUCUCCUUGCCACAAAUCAGUCUGUUUUUAUUUUCCAUCGGCAUCAUGCAUUGUGUUGUGGUGUUUAUUGCAUUGUAUCAGCGCCUAUCAAGCGUCAGGUCCAUCACGAUCCAACUACGACCAGCGUCCUUCUUGUCGAUCGCUGCACCGAGCGUGGCGUCUGUUGCAUGGGAGUCGAUCUCGGGCUACUUCGGCGCCGGCUGCAAGAUGUUGUACUUCCUCUCCCUCUUCCUCUUCACAUCGCUAAUGGUCACGCCACCGCUUUUUCAGAAUUCGAUGAAGAAGUUCAGUUUUGCAUGGUGGGCUUAUUCCUUCCCUGUGACGAUGCUUGCACUCUCAUCGGCCUCAUAUGCGAAGGCAACAGACACCGUCUUAGCUCAUCAAAUUAGAAGGGUCCUGUCUAUGGCUUCGCUGUUUGUCACCCUCGUCUUGCUUCUGCUCUCGAUUGUUUUCGGGAAAGCUGGAUCUUCACCUCAGGUUCCUCUACUUCUCCCACAGUCUGCACAAGCUGUUGCUCUUCCUCCUCAUCCCUUGGUUCUCCCUGUGUUGAGGCGAAAAAGAGGAGUCUCGCUCGCUUCACUUUCCAUGUUCAAUUUGCCGCCGCUCGAGGAGUGA